AUGGCAACAAGUGGUAACCAUACUCCUAGUGGAAUUCAAAAUAAACGUUUUCAUCACUUAACAAACGCCAAUAUGUAUGGACGUGCUGAAUUACUUGGUCUUCGAAAUAGUUUAUAUAAAUCAGCUUAUAACAAUAGUUCAAGAAAUGAGCAAAUGAAUGUCAAUGAAAAAUUUGUUCGUGCAUGUGAAAAUGGAGAUUAUAGUACAGUUCAUCAAAUUCUUCGUGACAAUCCUAAAUUUAAUAUUGAUGUUACUAAUCAAUUAGGUCGUACAGCAAUGCAAUUAGCUAUUGAAAAAGAACAUCUUGAAGUUGUUACACAUUUAUUAUCUCAAUGUGAUGGACAAAAAAUGCGUGAAGCUAUUUUAUUAGCUAUUUAUCUUGGUCAUGUACAAAUAGCUGAAGCAUGUUUACGUCAUCCAAAAUUUAAAAUAUUAUCUGAACGAAGAGCUAUUACAGCUGAUGAAGAAGCAUUUUGGCAUACACCAUCAUCAAAUGAUGCACAAUUUUCGCCUGAUAUAACACCAUUAAUAUUAGCAGCACAAUAUAAUCGAACUGAAAUAGUUCAAUUACUCUUAAUGGGUGGUGAUCGUAUAACAAAACCACAUGAUUAUCAUUGUAAAUGUUUACAAUGUCAUCAUAAAUUUAAAUUUGAUUCAUUACGUCAUGCACAAUCUCGUUUAAAUGCAUAUCGUGGUUUAGCAAGUGAAAGUUAUAUUAGUUUAGUAUCAGUUGAUCCAAUUUUAACAGCAUUUGAACUUGGUCGAGAAUUAAGAGAUCUAUCAGCAAAAGAAAAAUAUUUUAAAAAUGAAUAUAUGAAUUUAGCUGAUCAAUUAAGUGCAUAUGCUGUUAAAUUACUUGAUAAAGUUCGUGGUCAUAGAGAACUUGAGUGUGUUUUAGGAAAAACUGGAAAAGAAUCAGAAGAAAAAUAUUUACUUUUAGCUAGACUCUAUUUAGCUAUUAAAUAUGAAGAAAAACCAAUUCAACGAUUUCUUCAACAACCAUGUAUAAAAUUCAUCGGUCAUAUAAUAUCAUAUGCAAUAUUUAUUGUUUUAAUUAUUGUUUCAAGUCUUUUAUUUGCUGUUGAAUUAGAAAAACCAUUAAAACGUUUAAGUUCUAAUUAUUCACAUAUAUCAAUAGCAUUGAAUAAGUCAAUGACAAAUGCAAACAAUCUAUCUGAUCCAAAUGAGUGUUAUUUAUAUCCAAACGUGGAUCUUAUCUUUCGAGCUGAUAGACCAACAUGGAUUGAUAUAACAAUAUCAGUUUUUGUUAUUGGUUUUCUUUGGCAUGAAAUUAAACAAGCAUAUAAUGAUGGUCUUCAAGAUUAUUUUCUUUCAUGGAAUAAUAUUAUUGAUUCAUGUAUGAAUAUAUUAUAUUUAUCUUCAUUUGCACUUAAAUAUUAUGUGAUUUAUCAAGUCAUACAUGCUACUAAAAAAUUAGGUGAUCGUGACUUUCAAACGAAAAUUGAAAACAUUUGUGAGUUACCGAAAUCUGAACAAUUGAAUAUUUAUCGUACAUUUUAUUGGUUAAAUGCCGAUCGGUUCUAUUGGGUUUCAUUUGAUCCAAUUAAUGUUGCCGAAGGACUUUUUGCUAUUGCAAAUAUAUUUAGUUUUUCACGUAUUUGUUUUCUGCUACCAGCAUUUCAACAUUUGGGACCAUUACAAAUAUCAUUAGGCCGAAUGAUGUCUGAUAUUGGAAAAUUUAUUAUAAUAUUUUUAAUAAUUUUCUGUGGUUUUAUGUUUGGUUUAAAUAAUUUAUUCUGGUAUUAUAAAAAAUCUGUACGACAAAAUGUUGAAAUAGAACACAAGCAUUCAGAUGACGAAUUACCAGCAGAAAAAUCUUUUGGAACAAUGAUUUCAACAUUUAAAACUGUUUUUUGGUCAUUAUUUGGUUUAGCAGAAAAAGCAGGUGUCGAAUUAACAAAUUAUAAUAAACGUUUCACAGAAAUAGUUGGAUAUUUAAUUUAUGGUGCAUUUAAUAUUGCUAAUGUUAUUGUUUUACUUAACAUGCUUAUUGCUAUGAUGUCAAAAUCUUAUGAAACUAUUGCAGAACAUGCAGAUGUCGAAUGGAAAUUUGCGCGGAGUAAAUUAUACAUGGAAUAUAUUAAAGAAGGUGGAACAUUACCAGUUCCAUUUAAUAUUAUUCCAACACCAAAAAGUGUCUAUUAUUUAUUUCAUCGAAUAUUUUCUUGUAUAAAAAUAUUAAAAGGUUCUAAUGAAGAAAAUUUAGUUUCAAAUAAUACAAAUAAUUCUUUAUCACCAACAAAUAAUUCAUCAGGAACAGGUCUUCGAACACCAAAUUUAAAUGGUAAUGGUAUAUCAACACUAACAAAUAGACAAAUAUCAAAUGUAAAUUUAAAUGAUCCGAAUAAUUAUCGAUCACGACAAGGAUCAUUUGAUAUAAAUCAAACAUUAACUUACCGUAAAGUAAUGAAUCGUGUUAUAAAACGUUUUCUUCUAAAUAAACAACGUGAAGAACAAGAAGAAAUUCGUGAAGGUGAUUUUGAAGAACUUAAACAAGAUAUUCAAAUGUUACGUAUUGAAUUAUUACAUCGUUUAGAUGAAACACGUGAUAAUUUAUAUAAAAAUAGUGUUUUAUUAAAUGAAGGUGUAGUUGCUGUUGGAGAACUUGUAUCAACAUUUAUGAAUGAUAAAACUUCAUUGAAUAAAGAAAAUUUUUAUUUAUUUAAAAAAAAUUUUUAUUCAAGAACAGAUAGCGGAAUUGAAUCUACUACAUCAGCAUUGAGUACAACAUCAACAUCAAUUUUAAGUCAAUCAAAUCAUACAUUAACUUCAAAAUCAACAUCAAGUUUAUUAUUAAAUAAUCAACAAGAAUCAGAUAUUAAUCCAAUAGAUGCAGUUAUACAUAUAAGUGCAGUACAUAUUAAAUUAUCUGAUAUUUCAGAAGAAGAUGAAAAUUUGCAUAAAACUUUGAAAUAUAUUGAUGAUGAUGAUGAUGAUGCUGAAGAAGAUGUUAAAGCUCGACAUGCGUCAGUUAAACCAUCAAUAGAUAAUGAUAAAGUAUUUUCUACGAGAUAUUAA